AUGACGGGAAUCCCUGCCAGCCUUCUUUCCUUGGGAAACUUUACCCCGCGUGUGCUCGGCCUGCCCACCGGGCAGCCAGGCGGGAGUCUGCCAGGAGCCUGCCCGGCCCGGAGCUACCGCGGGAAGGAGGGAGAGGGGCGACACUCCCAGAGGCGGGCCGCGGGGGCAGAGGGAACGGGAUCCGAACGAGGGAGACAGGAAAAUCCCCGCUGUUACUUCUCGUGCCCGGCCGCCGCCUGUUCCCACAAGGAACGGGCCGGCGGCGGAGCUGCCCUGGCGGCGGCAGCGGGGGAGCGCCGAGGCGGCGCAGCGCCCACACCGCACUCUGGCACACCCUGGGGACAAGAAGCCCCGCGCUCCCGCCAGGCCGCGCCGGGGCUGCCGUCACCCCGCCGGGCUGCUCCUCCUCCGUCACCCCGUCCCGGGCUCCUCCUCCUCCGUCACCCCGUCCCGGGCUCCUCCCUCGCCGCCGCGGACGCGCCGGGAGCGGUGCCGGGCCGAGGGGCCGAGCGGGGUCGAUGCUGCGCGGGGCUGCACUGCUCCCCCGCGCCCUGGGCGGCGGCUGCUGCUGCUGCGCGCGGGCUGCGCUGGGCCGGUAGAUUUUACCAACAUGCCCCCACUGAGACCUCCCAAGCCACCCUAGCCAGCGUGUCUCCUGUUUUUGCAGUGAUGAAGUUUGACAAAGAGGGAAAUACUACCUAUUUUGAAAAGAAGAAAACAGAAUUGUACCAGGAGUUGGGUCUUCAAGCUCGAGAUCUAAGAUUUCAACAUGUGAUGAGCAUUGCAACCAGGAACAACAGGAUCAUCAUGAGAAUGGAGUUCUUGAAGGCUGUCAUAACACCAGAGUUUCUUCUGAUACUAGAUUAUCGUAAUUUAAGUCUGGAACACUGGCUCCUCAAUGAGCUAGCAUCUCAGCUGGCUGGGGAAGGUCAACUAGUCACAUAUUCCCUGCCCUUUGAAUUCCGAGCCAUAGAAGCAAUUCUGCAAUACUGGAUCAGCAAACUGCAGGGAAGACUUAACACUUUGCAGCCUCAGAUCCUUGAGACACUGGAAGCCCUAGUGGAUCCCAAGCUUUUAUCUGUGGAUAGGAGUAAACUACACAUUCUUCUGCAAAAUGGCAAGAGCUUGUCAGAACUGGAAACAGAUCUUAAAGUUUUCAAAGAAACGAUUCUGGAGAUCUUAGAUGAAGAAGAAGUAAUAGAAGAACUCUGUCUGUCUAAAUGGACUGAUCCACAAGUAUUUGAGGAGAGUACGUCUGGGAUUGACCAUGCAGAGGAAAUGGAGCUGCUGUUGGAGAAUUAUUACAGACAAGCAGAAGAUCUUUUGAAUGAAGCUCGUGAACUCAGAGUACUGAUUGAUGACUCAGAAAGCAUCAUCUUUAUCAACCUGGACAGCCACCGUAAUGUGAUGAUGAGGCUGAACUUGCAGCUGACCAUGGGGACUUUCUCUGUCUCUCUCUUUGGACUCAUAGGAGUUGCAUUUGGUAUGAACUUGGAGUCAUCCCUUGAAGAGGACCCCAGGAUAUUUUGGUUGGUGACAGGGAUUAUGUUUCUGGGAAGUGGUCUGAUCUGGCGGCGCUUACUUUCCUUCCUUGGGCGGCACCUGGAUCCUCCGCUACCUCCUCACGUUCCUGCAGCUUUGAAAAAAUCCCAACCAGCAGCUGGAAGAGUGGACAUAAAGACGAGUCUUAAAGGAGAAACAUUUGGGCUGAGCAGAAGCACAUUAACAAACCAGUAGGAACAGCAGGAAUGAAGAGACUUUCAUUGUUACAGGGUGGACUUUGGACACUUUCCUUGUGUUUGUUCUUCCUUACUGAAAACUGAAAGAAUUUCUAAACUUGCUAAUUUAAUAUAUAUUUUGUGCCAAAAACCCACAAUGAAAUUUUUAAUGCUCAUGCACAUAAGGAGAGAAACAUGAGAGCAAAUAGCAAAAUGCUUUCUAUAGUAGUUUCACCUCCGCCACAUGUAUGUGCCUUUAGUUUUCUGUGUCACAUACAUGUACUUACUUUUGGGGCAUUCUUAUUUGUAGUGUUUCUGUCAAAUACUGCUUUGCUUAGUGGUUUUUCUUACAGAGAACAGAAUUUUUGGCUUAAAGAAGGGAGCAGUCAUCAUUGAUCAAUAAUUCUGGUUCUGAACUGCAGAUUUAGGAAUCUGACUUCAAAGAAAAAUCCACCCCAAGACUGACUUCUUGAAUGGAUUUUUAAGGCCCUAUUUAAUUGUAGAGAACAGGUUUUCUAAAGCAAAAAGCAUACCUGCAUCUCUUGUGAAGCAUGACUUGUAGAUUGGCAGCAGUGAGAAAAAAGGAGCAAUAAAAGGCUUUGAAAUGUAGCUGCUAAUCUUGUAUAUUCCUUAACAAUUAAUUUAGGCUCCAAACAGCAGUUCUAGGAACAGGAUAAGCAGGCAUAUGGAGAAUGCCCACUUGAGUUUUCCGUCUGACACUGUUUCAACACACAUUGAUACCGCUACAGUUUAACACCUCCUGUUGCUGUAAUUCAAAUUCUGGUUAAAAUCAUCAGAUGGGUUGUUGGUUUUUCUUAAGAUGGGCUGUGCUUUCUCUCUUCCCUCCAAGACAAAGCAUGGACUAGCCUGCACCACAGUAAGUAGCCAGGUUAAAGGUGUGGAAGCCUGAUGUCCUGUGAUAGGCUGAAGGAAGGAGUAAAAGCCUUAUGGCAACUAUUUGUUUGUUCUUAGGACUUCUCUUUAAUGGUAUGGUUCUCCACUGGUUUCUCUCAGGUUGUAGAGGGAGCAUGAAAUCACGUCACAUUGUCGCAAAUUUCCUUUUUGGGAUUUUUUAAUCUAUCUGUAACACAGUCAGCGGCUCCUUAGGUGCUACCAUGUAAAUCGUUGUAUGGCAGGGUUGAAAAGACAGUAGCUGUAGCUGUGAACAUUCUUCUCAGGACUACUAAGUCAAAGAUGGAAAUAAAAAGGUUCAUAAAUUAAA